AUGCAAAAAGAAACUUUUUUUCAAUAUUUGAUUAUCGUCAACUAAAUUUAAUAUUUUUAAUAAUAAAAAUAAAAUUUUAGUGUAAAAUUUUCUAAUCAUGGAAUCAAUAUUAUUGCAAAAAGAUAAAAAAAAAACAAUUCUUCUUGUCAAUAGUUUGUAGUUUUCAAGAUGGCUUCAUCGGUCCAGUCUGUUACUCGUCAAGUGAAACCAAUUUUAUCUAUAAAUAAUGAACAAGCUCGAAGAAGAGUAAUUCAGUUAUAUAAAACAUGGUAUCGUCAAAUACCUCACAUAUUAAUGGAUUAUGAUAUUCCAAAAAAUCAAAAGGAAUGUAGACAAAAACUUCGAGAAGAAUUUAUGAAACAUGCGAAUGUUAAGGAUAUUAGAAUUAUCGAUAUGCUGGUUAUUAAGGGUCAAAUGGAGUUAAAAGAAACAGUUGGUAAAUUUAAAAAUGCAGGUGGUUUAAUGUUUUUCUUUAAAGAUACAGUGGAACCAAAACCAACAGAUUUUCUAUCGAAAUUUCUUUCAGGUCACGAUUAAUGUACUUUUAUUAAUAAAAUCUAGUCUAUACAUUUAGCAAAACUGUACAGUUUAUAAAUAACUAUAUAUAUAUAGCAUUAAAAUGUAAAUUAUGUUUUUAAAACUCGUAUAAUCAGCGUGUUAUAUUAAUCGUAUAAAUAAAUUCUUUAGGUAUUUGAAAAUUAAA